AUGGCGUACAAUAAGCUGCACGCGCCGCCGCCAGCCCCGGCCGGCGUGCACUUCCAAGACGACGAGCCGUUGCCGGACGACGAGCCGUUGGGGCAUCUGCCUGCCGCCCAGACGCCGGCCCCGCCAGCAACCAACGGCGGUCUGGUCCUCAAGACGGAGUGCGAGUUCCCGGCCCUGGGCAGGAGCGCGUCCUAUGACAAGUUCGCGGUGCUCGUGCACGCCAAGGCGCCCGCCGACGUGGCGCGCGCGCCGCUCGAUCUCGUCACCGUGCUCGACGUCAGCGGCAGCAUGGAGGGCCAGAAGGUCGAGCUGCUCAAGAAAGCCAUGUGCUUCGUCAUCGACCAGCUCGGCCCCGACGACCGCCUGUCCAUGGUGUCUUUCUCCGGAGAGGCCAUCCGCCUGACCCCUCUCGCGCGAAUGACGGACGCAGGGAAGGCGUCAGCGAAGCUCGCCGUGGGGUACAUUGUCGUGCGAUGGACGGGCACCAACAUCGGCGAGGGCCUCCGCGUGGGCGCACAAGUGCUCGCCGACCGCCGGUACAAGAACGCCGUCGCGAGCAUGAUCCUUCUCUCCGAUGGAGGUGACACCUUCAAGCCGAAGGGCCCCGGACAAGACCUAGUGCCGCCUUUGUUCAGGCAGGCCGCCACACGGCCCGCUCCGAUCCACACGUUUGGCUUCGGCGCCGACAAUGACGCGGCGGCGAUGCACGCAAUCGCGGAGGCCACGGGCGGGACGUUCUCCUUCAUCGAGAACCAGGCGGCUAUCCAGGACUCGUUCGCUCAUUGCAUCGGCGGGCUCCUCUCGGUCGCCGUGCAGGAGGCGCGCAUCACCGUCACCUGCCUGCACCGCGGCGUGCGCGUCCAGGAGGUCAAGUCCGGCUGCUACGCUAGCCAUGUGGACGCCGAUGGCCGCACCGCCUCUAUCGAAAUGGGCGAGCUGUACGACGACGAGGAAAGGCGCUUCCUGGUGCUCGUCUACGUGCCGAGAGCUCGUCCCGCGGAGUCUGUCACCCGCCUGCUCAAGGUGACCUGCGCUUACCGCGUCGCGGCGACGGGUCAGGCUGCCCACGCGGCCGCGCCGGCCGCGAUCAUCCAGAGGCCGCUGGAGCUGACGGGCGGCAUGCCUCCUCCGUCUAUGGAGGUUGAGCGGGAGCGUGUCCGCCUCGAUGCGACGCAGGACAUCGCGGCGGCACGAGUGGCCGCUGACGGAGGACAGCACGCCGGUGCUGCGCUGAUACUCGAAUCCCGGCUGAAAGCCGUGGAGAAGUCGUCAGCCACAGGGGCAUGUGAGGCGCUGAAGGAGGAGCUGCAAGACCUUAGCGCCCGCGUGGGCGACCGGCGGGUGUACCAGCAGACGGGGCGGGCGCGCCUGCUCGCUGGCAUGAGCUCGCACGCGCAGCAGCGCGCCUCGGCAUCAUCGUCCACCGCCAAGGCUCCUCGGGCGUACCUCACUCCCAAGAUGGAGGAGAUGGUGGAGACGUCGCGUCGGCAAAGCAGGAAGCGCCAGCACCCAGACGAUCAGCUUAAACAGAUCAAGCUAGAUCUCAGUGAUUAA